GUAGUAAAUUUGGGCUAUUUAUUCCGGAAGCUGUUUUAUGUGUGGCUUCGCUGUGUGUGGUAAGUCCGAGCGAAGCCAUCUUUGUUUCGUUAAUACUUAGUUAUUUCUGGUCAGAUUAUGGGAAGUAUCAACGAAGCCAUUUUUGGCUGUACUGGCGAGGGCUCACAGCCACCUGGUCGCGUCUUGGUGCAAUGCGAGAUGGGCAUCUCGCGCUCCUCAACGAUGGUCAUCGCGUAUAUGAUGCGCAAGUUGGGUAAGGGCCGUGACGAGCUUUUGGCGCAGCUAAAAGACAUAUGGCCGCGGGCGAGACCGAAUUCCAACUUCAUGGCGCAGUUGGAGAUCUGGGAGAAAGUCGGGUAUGAUGUGUGGGAAGAUGAGGCCGGGGAGGUUCCCAAGCCGGAGUAUGCAGCGUACAUAGCACAGAGAGCAGCCUACUUGAAGGCGCGAGGGUUGACGGGCGAUGAGGGAAAGAGGCCCUGGACCUUCGUGAUUUAUAAGUCUAGGUUUAGCAUUAUACCAUUUUCUUACACCUCUAUCAAGACAUUGGCUCCGUAUUCGAACGAUGUAAUUACAUUUUCAGACGCUGUGCACAAUUUACAAGUGCAUGGUUACUCUCCUCGUUAGCCACGGUCACAACAACCCUCCUCAUCAGACACGGCCACAGCAACCCUCCUCGUUAUACACGGCCACAACAACCCAACCUCCCCCCCUCAAGCUACCGCCCGCAACCUACUCGAGUAUCUCUCAAACCCUCAAAUCGCCCACACGCCUCUAAAACAAGCAACGAC